UGCAGGUUCACUUGUGCAGCAAGUCUCGUGGGUUUUUCUGAGUGGGAGGGAAGCUAGCACGUUGCAUUUGACGUGGAGUCGCCUUCCUGUUCACCUUUUCCUCUUCAGCUUCUUUAAAGUGCCAUAUUACCCGCUCAGAGUUCAACUUUCCACUCAGGAAAACGCUACAAUAAGGAGACUCGCUUCCUCGCUGAUUGUAACUAUUAUGGCCGGAAGCACCAACAAGACAGUGCAGGACAUUUUUCAGAGCAUGGAGUCCGGACCAGCAGCUCCCUCCAGCGCUGCCACUGCACAGGCUUGGCUGGAUCACCAUUCCCGUUCUCUGGGUCUGUUCGUCGAUGGAAAGUUCGUCCGUCCAGCCGGCCGACAGACUCGCUCCCUGUCUGACUCUAAAGGAGGUGAUGUGUGCAGCAUGGUGUGUGCUGUGGAGGAAGAUGUUUCCCAGUGUUCCUCCUCUGCUGUUAACGGCUUCAAGGCCUGGAGCAGCCUGAGCUGCUACCAGAGGGCCAAGGUGCUGCUCAGGUUGGUGAGCGUCCUGGGGCAGCAUGGUCAGUGUGUGUCGGAGCUGUGUGAGCUGUGCUCCUCCUCCUGCUCCUCCUCCUGCUCCUCCUCCUCCCUCCUCAGGCUGCUGCAGUACUACAGCAGCUGGGCUCAGCUCAGAGACGCUCUCCUCUCCAGCUGGACGCCACUGGGUGUGGUGGCGGUCGUUGUCUCUGAUGACUGCUCUCUCUAUUCACUGAUGCACAAAGUCCUGCCGGCUCUGGCCAUGGGCAACUCCGUCAUUGCUGUCGCCGGGCAGAGCAGCGCCCCGCUGGCGCUCCUAUUGGCCCAGCUGUUCACGGGAGCAGGACUUCCUGCUGGGGCUCUUAAUGUUUUAACAGGAAGUGACAUGUCCCUGGGCGCCAAAGUGGCCCAGAACCCCAGCGUCACCUACGUCACCUACAGCGGCACCAAGCAGGACGGCGUGACGCUGUGUAAGGCCACAGCAGGGAUGGGCGUUCCCGUCUCCGUCUCCCCGUUCAUCGGCGCCAUUUGUCCCUUCAUCAUCUUCGAGUCAGCUGAUAUCGACAGCGCAGUGGACGGAGUGAUUGAGGCCGCCUUCAAAAAGAAAAGAGAGGUCCACUGGGUGCUGUGUGUGCAGGAGAGUGUGUUGGACGGUGUUGUGGAUCGUCUCCGGCUGCGGAUGGCGGGGAUGAAGAGUGUGGCGCUACGCGGCGACGGGGACAGAGUCCUGGUGGAGGCUGCAGUACAGGAAGCUGAGCAGCAGGGGGCCACGUUGGUUCAGUCCUGUGCUGUCCCCCCUUCAGGGGCUCAGUACCCCCCCACGGUGCUCUGUGGGGCGGCCCCCUCUUCUCCGUUCGUGGUCAGCCCCAGUCCUGGUCCGCUGCUGCCCCUCAUGACCUUCAGAAGCAACACGGAAGCAGUGACCCUCGGGAACCACAGUCCUCAUGGCCAGGCGGCCUCCAUCUGGACAGAAGACCUGACUCUGGCUCUGGAGACGGCUAAGAGCCUGUCGGUGGGAUCAGUGUGGGUGAACUCCCACUCUGUGUCCGACCCCUGUCUGCCCGUCUCCGGGCACAAAGACAGCGGCACCUGCACCGACGGAGGACAGGAGGGUCUGUACCAGUUUCUCCGCCCGUCCUCUUCCUCAUCUCCUCCUCUACCUCGCUCCUCCCCUGUCUCCAUGGACUACUCACUGUUUGGAACAACAGCAGCUGCUGCAGCAAUCAUUCCUGAUGACUCGGACUCUUCCAGUGCUCCGAAGCCCUACCUGCAGUUUGUUGGAGGUAAACCCUGUAAAUCAGUGUCUGGCUGCAGUGUGGCGGUGCAGCCACCAGGGGGCGGCGGUGUGUUGGCCUAUUGUCCAGACGGAGGCCGCAAAGACGUCCGUAACGCCGUGGAAGCUGCUGCCAAAGUCCAGCCGGGCUGGAUGAAGAAGAGUCCGUCUGCACGCGCUCAGUCGCUCUACUCUCUGGCCAAAGGCCUGGAGGCGAAGAGGCGGGACUUGGCUGCGUCAAUCAAUGCUCAGACCGGACUCUCAUUGGACGAGGCUGACAAGGAGGUGGAGCUUAGCAUCAGCAGGCUCAGUGAUUGGGCAGCUUACUGUGACAAGGUUCAAGGAGGAACCCUGCCUUUUCCUCAGUCUGGCUCUGCUCUCUCCAUCCCUGAAGCCCUGGGAGUCGUGGGUGUCGUCCUCCCUGACAACAGUCCCCUCAUCUCCAUGGUAACGCUUCUUGGGGCAGCCAUCGCCAACGGCAACGCUGUCAUCAUGGUCCCCAGCCAGAAGUAUCCCCUACCUGCCUUGGCAUUCAUUCAGGUGCUCCAGUCUUCAGACCUGCCAGCAGGAUUGGUAAAUGUCAUCACAGGGAAUAGAGAUCAGCUGACGGCGGCUCUGGCCAAUCACAGCGUCAUCAAGGCCAUCUGGUACUGGGGCAGCGCUGAGGGAUGUCAGUACCUCCAGUUCACCUGCACCAGCCCUCUGAAAACCCUGCGCCUGUCCUGCCAAAAGGAGGACGGAGGGAAGGACUGGACUCUGUCUGAUCCCUCUCUCCUGGAGGAGAUGUGGAGAAACGCCGUCCAGUGGAAGAGCGUUUGGAUUCCUACUGCAUAGAAGAAUGAAACAUGAAGGUGACAGGACAGAGAGAAGAGUUUCAGAUAUCCACAGUUUUAAACAUCAUCCUGCAGAGUUAAACUGUGACCUGGACGAUUUAGAUUUAAAAGGAAGGAUCAAAGUUAACUGUGACCAUGACAGUUAUAAGAAGGCAGUGAAAUAACAGUGAAAAGACAACAAAUAACCCCAAUAAUUGUUUAUUUUCUCAGCCCCACCCUCCACGCUCUCUGUGCUCACGAAGCACAUACAGUCAUAGUAAAAAUGAUUACACCACCCUUGUUUUCUUCAUUUUCUUGUUCAUUUUAAUGCCUGGUACAACUAAAGGUACGUUUGUUUGGACAAAUAUAAUGAUAACAACAAAAAUAGCUCAUAAGAGUUUCAUUUAAGAGCUGAUUUCUAGACAUUUUCUAUGGUUUUCUUGAUAAUAACUAAAAUGAUUGUCAAGAAAACCAUUGAAAAUGUCCAGAUAUCAGUUCAGGGCAGUAGAUGUGCUAGUCAAGAACAAAUAACCCCACAAACUAAUGCAGUUAGUUGUUAUAUGGUAACACAUGAUUACUACUCAUUGGUAGGUUAGUAAGCUAGUUAGCCGGACAUGCUAACUAUGACAACAAACAGCAGUUAAACACUGUUUAAUCCAUUUCUUACAUGUUUUGCCUUUGGAAAGACUCCUGUGUUUAGUCAAUGGGUGCUGAGCUGUGAUUGGACAAUAGCUCUUUGGGGGAGGAGUUAAGAGUUAUCUUUUUGUUUUCACUGUUUUCCACAAUUUGUUAUUCUUUUUUUUUUGUGGAAGCCUGUGAUUGGUUGAUUUAUAGAUCAGAAAUGAAGCGUCUAUACAACCUGAAACAUCAGGAAAUGAAGAAAAUCAAAGAAGUUGACUCAAAUCGUAAAGCCCAGGAAAUCCAAAUAUCAUAAUAUGAAGUACAUUUUCAUGUAUUUUCAGAAGCUUUAGGGUUUCAUCAGCCUCAAGAACAUAUUAUAAAAUACUUCUAAAGGAACAUGAACAUGAGACACUGUGUGAAUGUAUCAUAGAAAACUCUGUCCUGUUAUCUUUUCCUUGAAUAUAGUCAAGCAAAAUGCAAACAGAA